AUGGUUUCAAACGAGGAAAUUGAAAAUUUUAUUAACAUUUCUGGGUGCACUGACUUUGAAAUUGCAAAGAGGUAUUUAGAAAUGUAUCCUGGAGACAUGAAUAGUGCUAUUAAUGAAUAUUUUUCUAACUUAGGUAAUGAAUCUACAAGUAACAGAAACACUAGCCAUCCAGGAAACAAUUUAUUUCAUGAUGAAGAAGAUGUUAGAACACCUAUCCCAUCUUUUAAUGACCAGCUCAUUCCAGAUGAUCAUAAUAUCUUAAAUUCUUCUCAAUUUUUGCAGAAUCAAAGAAUGGUAGGAACUGAAGAUAUAAUUCCUCCAGUAGAUGAUUUUUCUUCUCAAAUGUUUUCUCCACCUGAAAUUAUUAUGUUUUCUGAACCUUUUGAAAUAGCAAAAGAAAAGGCUAAGUCUCAAAAAAAGUUGAUUUUGGUUAAUAUCCAAAGUCCCAAUGAAUUCUCUUCUAUGAUUUUGAACAGGGAUAUAUGGAAUGAUUCCUUAAUAAUAGAAUUUAUUCAAGAGCAUUUCAUUUUUUGGCAGAGAAGUUGCAGUACUCCUGAAGGAAGCGAAUGGUUGAAUUUAUAUAACGUAGCAAAACUUCCUCAUGUUUCCGUUAUUGACCCAAGAACAGGUAGGCAACUCAAAGUUUGGGAUGUUGCUAAAUCUUUUUCUGAUUCCAUUUCAGCUUCUUCUGAGAUUAUUGAAUUUUUAGAGUCAGAAAAUACACUUAGAGCUUUUAAUAGGAUUUCAACCACCUCUAAUACUAUUGCUCAUGAAGUAGGUAGUUCCACUGUUACAAAUAUUUCAGAACAAAGCUCAGAUUCUUUUUCUACUAAUACUAAUAUAAACACAGUUCAGACAACCCCAGGCAUAGUUCCAACUCAGAAUCAAGUUCAGCCACAGCCAAACACUCAAGUAGAAGUCCCAAAAAUCAAUUCUGAAUUGGCAAUGCUACACAUGGAAAGGAUGAGAAGGAGGAAUUCUGAGAAAAAAUGA